CUGACCAUUGCGAAUUUCUAAUUGGCUGGAGAGAAAAUUGACCACCAUAUUGUUGUUGUUAUUGUUAUUAUUAUAAAAAUAUCAACAAACAGCUUUUGUUAUUCUUUAUAUUUAUUUAUAUUACUCAAAUUUAAACAUUGUGUGUUUGUUUACAUGAAAAUAAUUACAGAAAUUAGUUAAAUUUUAAAACGUAAUGAAUUAGUUGAUCAUUGAUAUAAUUUAAUUGUUGAUAUUGUUUGAGAAAAUAUAUUUUUCGGCUAAAUGGAUUGUUUGGAAGAAGGUGAAUGUCUUGAUGACACAAGUCCAGAAGUCAUUACCCUGGACACAACUCAAGAAUCUUUGAAUGACACAACUGAGAUAAAUGACGACGAAAAUAUUAAAAUUGUUGAAGAAAAAAUAAAUUUAAAUGAUACUAAACAUAACCUAGAAUGUAUGGAACAAACUUUACCACCUGGAGUUGCACCAGAUGGAUUUAUAUUAAUUGAUGAAUCAGUUGUCGUUGAGACUGAUGAGCCUGAAAAAUUAAAUAAUAAAAAUGAUGAUGAUGAUGUUCCAGUAUUCAAAGUUAUAUUUAAAAAUAAAUCAAUUGCUGAACAAUAUCGAAAAAGAGUUUAUAAUUAUUUAAGAAGAUUACUUGGACAACCAGCAACAGUGGAGCAAGAUGAUACGUCUGACUGUGUUUUAAAUAUUUGGGAAAAUACUAAUGACAAAUUAAUAUCUGAUAAAGAUGAAAAUCAUGUAAAUGGUUUUGAUGAUAAAAUUCUAUUCCACUUUGACACAAAUCCUGAGGAUAAAAUUACUGAUUUAAAUAUUCCAACAUAUGGAAAGAAAUUUGAUAAAGUAAUGAAAGAAGAUAAUUAUGAAAUUGAAGAAGAUAAAGAUGAUACAAAUUCAGGUCCAAAAUUAAAUUGUUUUAAUUGUCUUGGUAAUCAUAAUAUGCGUGAUUGUACAGAGCCAAGAAAUCCAAUGGAAAUAAAUAAAAAUAGAAAAGAAUUUGGUACAAGAAAUGGACCAAGAAAUGUCAGAUAUCAUAUUGAUGAUGAUCAAAAAUUUGGUCAUUUAAAACCUGGUAUAUUAAGUUCAGAAUUAAGAAAAGCACUUGGUCUUAAUGACGAUGAACUUCCAAAACAUAUAAUACGAAUGAGAAGUUUAGGAUAUCCACCAGGUUGGCUUGAAGAAGCACGUCUUGAACAUUCAGGUAUAAUUCUUUACAAUUCAGAAGGACAAAUUGAAACAGAUCCAUCUGAUAAAUUAAAUGAUCUACCUGAUCCAGAAAAUAAAGAUAAAUAUGAUGUUAAAAAAUUACAUGAUUUUCCUGGUUAUAAUAUACCACCACCACCUGGUACACAUGAUUAUUUUUGGCCUCCAGAACAACAAAUAAUGCACAGUAAAGAAGCAAUGUUAAAAAGUUUAAAAGGUAGAAAAACAGAUGAUGGUUAUAAACGUAAAAAAUUGAAAUUAUCAGCACCACAAUCAGCUGAUAGUUCAAUAAAUUCAUGUAUUGAACCAAUUGAAAUGGAAAUUGAAACACAUGAUAAUGAUACACCAGCAUCACCAGAUAAUGGUCUUAUUGAUAAUAUUGAUUGUUCAUCAAGUUCGACAAAUCCAGAGACAAAUGAUGAUAAUUUAUUACCACCUGGUGUUGUUGAAACAGAAUUAAUAGAUGAACAAAAACAAAUUAAUAUAGAAAAAAUUGACGAACAAGAAUUAAAUGUUGACAAAGAAAUAAUUAAUAAUUCUAUGGAUACACAAGAUGACAUACCAUCAACACCAAUUAUUAAUAAAUCAAUAAAUAUAUUUGAUAUAUCUGGUCUUGAUGGUUCACCAUCAUUAACUGAUCUUGAAAAUAAAAAAAAAUUAUUACUUCAAGAACUUGAUGAUUCAAGCUUACAAUCAAAUCCAGCUACUCCAGUUAGAUUAAAUUUAACAAAUGAAUUUGUAACACCAACAACAACAACAACAACAACUCCAAAAUGUGGAUCUGUUAAAUCAGUUGAAUUUGGUACACCAAUUAUUCAAAGUACAUCACGAUUUACAAAACUUCCAUCGAGUGAUAAAUUUUCGAAAAAUAUUUGUGAUGUUAUUAAUUUUGAAAAUUUACCAGAUUCAACUGGUAAGUAUGAAAAAAUAAGUGGAUUAUUACAAAAAGUACGAGAUACAUUGGCCAACAUUGAAAAUAAUGAUUAAAAAUUAUAAAUACGCAUGUUAUAAAUUCUUUUUUUUUUUUUUUUUUCAAAUAAAAUUAAUAAAUAUGGAAUGUAUAAUUUUUAUUUAUUAAUAAUUUAUAAUUUUUACAAUUUUUAAAUUCACCUGAUUAGACCAUCAUAAAAUUCAAAUACAAUAUAUAAUUAAUAGAAAUAUUUUUUUUUUCUUUUUUUUGUACUUGAGGUUCGCAUAAUGCAAAUAAUAAAUUUUAAAAAUGAUAUAUAAUUUAUAACUCUAAAAUUGCACACGAACAAGCUAAUUUUUAAAAAUAUAUUUUACGCAAAUAUUCAGAAUCUUUAUUCUGUUUACCAGCGUUUAUAAUUAAUUUAUUAUUUCGAAUUAUUUUUUUAAAUAUAUAUAAAUACUUUUUUUAUAUUUUCCAGUUUUUAAUUAAAUACUUUGUUGAAUUUAUCAGAGCCAAUUAUUAAAUCAACAAUACUUUAAAUAAUGAUUAUUUUUUUUUUUUUGCGAGCAAUUAGCUAAUUGCUGGUGGAUCAUCAUGUGGUUCCUUUGAAAAUGAAAAA